ACGUAUAGUCUACAUACACUUGUCAUAUAUAGGUUUCCUUCGAGAGAGAUGAAUAUUAAACUCGAGUAUAAAUUGGAAGCUUAAUAUACAAUUUUUAUCUAUAGUAUCAUCUUCAAGAAAACCCUCUUUAAACUCUUGCAAAACCAAAAGCUAACAUUUCUUUAUCUCAUGGGACAGAAUAGAGAAGAAACCAUCGUUGGUUCUAACAAAAAGGUCACAUACAAGCCUCAAAAACUUCCCAUGGAUGGUCUCCAAAGAACAAUUUCCGAUAUCUCAUUUGAACUUAGCAAAGAAUCAGUAGUAGUAUCCGAUAAUCAUCACAACGACGAUAAGAAGCUUCCCCCUAUUUCUGAAGUUGAAGAUGCAAAGUGUGAGUGUUGUGGCAUGUCUGAAGAAUGCACACCGGAAUAUGUUAAGAGAGUUAGGGAGAAAUACUCAGGGAAGUUGAUUUGUGGUUUGUGUUCUGAAGCUGUGAAGGAAGAGAUGGAGAAGAAUGGAGGUAAAAGGCUAGAAGAGGCUUUAUAUGAACACAUGAAUGCAUGUUCUAAGUUUAAUAGGCUUGGUAGGGCAUAUCCUGUUCUUUUCCAGGCUGAGGCCAUGAGGGAAAUCUUGAGAAAAAGUAGAGCCAAGUCUCUUAGCCCUAGAGAUACACACAAGAAAGGUGGGAUUACUAGGAGUUCAAGUUGUAUUCCGGCAAUUACCAAAGAUAUUGAUCCUAUUAAAAUUGUUGAUUGAGCUCAGCCAUGCCUCACGAGAAUGUUCGUUUUCUGAUAUUUUUGUCAGUACUCGAUACUGGGUCAUGUAUCAACACAAGUAACUAUUGAUAGUGCACCUAAAGUGAGCUCAUGAGCCAUGAUUCACGAAGCGUUAUUUAUUAUUGUAGUGAGUAUUAUAACUUAGUCUAAUUAACGUUCUUAUCUCUUCAUGAUCACUAUGGUAUCAAAGGGCAGCUCUAAUCAUAUAGCGUUAGGAUUGUUCAUAUUGUAGACCAACAAAGUUAGUGUCUUAGUUAGCUGCUGCUUCAUAUAUAAAUAACUGCUUUUUUCUUGCUUGUUGUAAUAAUCAUUCUAACCACUUGGAUUCUUGUAUGUACUUCUUCAUGAAGUUCUGAAACUAAUCCUAAUGGUCUAUGUUUAAUUUCA